GCAUCCAAAAUCCAAACCUUUUAACACGUGGCAAAUUCUAAUAGGCCACUGUAUCGUGGUUCCAUUCUGGUACCAAACCGAGUCUGUGCAAGAAGCAUCUUCAACUUCUUCUUUCACGUGUGCAAGUUUCAAUCUUUUUUUGUUUUUGGUUCGGAAAUGGUUCAUGAUUCUUUGAAAAGUAACAAGAGAAUCUACAACAAGAAUGAAUAAGAUUUUGGUUUGGUUUCAUCGAUUUGUCGUGUUCUUGUUGCUUACAAGGGUUUCUUCACUUCCACACAUUGAUGAUGGCCAUGUAGAUUCAGAUGCUGCAAGAAUUCUGGAUCAGGAGCAGAGUGGUGAUCAUCAAAUACAUUGCUCUAGAGAAAGAAGUAGAAUAGCUUGGAAGAUCGUUCAAGAGUAUUUGACGCCAUUUGUAGAGAAAGAAAAAUAUAAUAUCUCAAGAAGGUGCAGGCUUCACCCUGACAAUGAUAUAUAUAGAGAUCAGGAACAACAUAAAUCUCAUAUAGAUAUAAAUGAAUGGCAGUGUGGAUACUGUAAGAAAACUUUCUACGAAGAGAAACAUCUUGAUCAACAUUUCGACAACAGACACUCCAAUUUACUUAAUUUGAAAGAAAGCCGGUGCUUAGCAGAUGUAUGUGGGGCACUGCACUGUGAUCAUGAAAUUAAUUCUGGGUCAAAAAAAUCAAAGUGCAAUCCUGCUGCUGCAGCAAGAAAUAAGCAUAUAUGUGAGACCAUAGCUGAUAGUUGUUUUCCAGUAAACGAGGGUCCUGCAGCGAGCCGGCUUCAUGAAUUCUUCUUGCAUCAAUUCUGUGAUGCUCACAGCUGCACUGGACGUGGAAAGCCUUUCUCCAGAGGACGCAGGAAAAAGACAAAUGUGUUCUACAUAGUUGCCUCCAUUUUUCUUGUGAUGUUGCUGGUACUCUUUUAUCUCUACAUGUAUUUAUAUCAGAGAGGAUUGAAAAAGGAAAGUCAAAUGCUGAGGCGUGUCUCACAAGCAGGCCGAAAAAAGAAGCCAUCAUAAUCAUUAGAUCUUUCCCUUUAGAAGCUCUCAACCUGUUUUUUCAGAAAGUAACGGUGUAUCUAAUGGGUUCAGCUAGAACUGUACUGCAUUUGAAAUCCAGUUUACACUUUUUCUGCUAUUUGCAAGUGAAAGUUGGAGGAGGAAAGCGGCCACAUAGCCAAAUUGAAAAUCAUGUCUAUCUGUUUUGCUAAUUGUAAGCGGAAUUCUUUGUAUACUCGGUACCUGUUUAGAUAUAAGUUUUUUUUUCACAUUUCUCACGUCCCAAUGUGGUGUGGCCGUGAAUUUUGUAAAGCUAUAAAUUCAAGCUUUGAAUUAACCGCACAUUAGUAGCCUUUUCGACGUGGUUCUAAACACAGGCAUAGAUUUUGUUAACACAAAGGAAAACGAAUGAUUAGAUCCAUGUUGGUUGGCUAUUUUCAUUUGCGUGUGCAUGACUCAAACCUUUGCAGUGUAUUUCCUAAACUUGUUUACUAAGUUGAUUAGUUAAUCUUUUUUUUUGAACACUUUCACAUU